GAGCAUGCGCAAAUUUGAUUAAAAAUAAAUAUGGCGGAGAAAUCUGUCAAAACGGUAGGGGUAGGCACUAAACCUGUGCCUAUGAAGUUCUUCGCCGUUUUGGAGGUGGAGAAAACAGCCCCAAGUUGUAUUCCAAGACUAUGUACCCUCACGUUGAGCAGGCUUAUCAUACACAAACCGCUGGAAAAUGACCUGAAUUCUGUGAUUAUUGCUGUUAAAAUGCAGAAUUCCAAAAGGAUUCUGCGGUCCAAUGAAAUCAUCAUACCACCAGGAGGCCUGCUGGACACAGAAUUAGACCUUACAUUCUCUCUUCAGUAUCCACAUUAUUUAAAAAGAGACUGCAAAUUACAAGUCAUGUUACAAAGAAGAAAGAAAUACAAGAACAAGACCAUCUUGGGAUACAAAACUCUGGCUCUUGGACAAGUCAAUAUGACACAUGUUUUACAAAGGACACAUGAUAAAGACCUGUCGCUGUACAGUGAACAAAAGGACAAUACAGAGAAGUUGUCCACUUUGGUCAUGUUGCAGCUGUCCAGUCAGCCAGUGGACCACACUGAGAAUGGCCAGAGAAAGACCACCCUAUCAGAUGUUGAUCGUUCACCAGACAUUGAUAAUGAAUCAUAUGAUGAAGAUGACCAGGAGGAGUGGUCAAAUGAUGACAUCAGUGAUCCGGAGGCAUUAGAUGAAGAUGGAAGGCUAAGGGCACGGAAAUCAAACCGAGCUCAGGGCAGAGGUGUGGCUUCUGCCAGGGGGCGUGUCAAUCAACAGAGGAAUUUUAAACAGAAAAUAGUAUCUUUGCUUCGAAAAUUCAAGAUCACAGAGGAGUCCUUAGACCCUGAGGAAUUCCCAGACACAAAUCAGGAUCCCAAUGAUGAAAUUGAAGAUUUAAUCGAUGAGCUGGCAGAGAGCAUGAGUGACAGUGGUCAGGAAAUGGACCAAGACACUGUCAGUGUGAUCUCAACACCAAAACCCAGACUCAGACCAUUUUUUCAAGGCCGGAUGAGUGCAGUUGAAUUUGAUGACAGCAGCAAGGACCCUGAUAAACAUAGUGAUGAUGCACCAUCCCUCAAAAAAGACCCUGACAGUCUGGACAAGGAACAGGCCGAUGAUCAGAAAUCUUCCCCAGAAACCAAAGGCAAAAUUAGUCAUGGCCGCAGUCGAUCAUAUAGAGAAGGAAAACACAGUAAAGGAGAUCGGCAACGUUGUCACAGUACUGGUCCAAUUCACGGAUCGGUUAGUACUGCGGAGCUUGUACUAACAAAACACACUCCCCACAAAGCCCUGAUGGAACAUUUGGGAGUGGUUCUAGGGGGAUCAGAAGAGAAUUUACCAGAAACAAUUAUGUUGGUCAAUACCUCAGAGUGGCAGGGACAGUUGUUCCAACAGAAGUUUCAGGACAACAGUUACAACAUGAUUUGUACAUGUGGAGAACCAGACGUAAAGGCAGCCAUCAGUGCUCUAGUGUCCAAAAUACAGAAAUAUUGUAACAGUAACUCUAAGGCACCCAGUGCCAUCCGAGUCUGUAUAGCAGGAAGUGACAGUUACGUCAACACGAUUCUGCGACCGUAUGUGGAGCAGUUCUCUGCCAAACCCCCAGACUGGCAGACAUACAUUAACUUCCUUAUUAUACCAUUUGGUUCCAGUUCUAUAGGGAGGUACAUUGGUAGUCUGGAUAACACCUACACCUUGCUGUUUCUGGAUCAACAGUGGAAGGAUACGUUUGAAAAGAAUGAGGCACCAAAACUAGAUUCUCAAGAUAUAAUGAGUCGAGUCUCCAAGUAUGUGAAUGCCUCCGGUUCAGUGGCUCAAAUCCCAAUCGCUGAAGCCAUGGUUAUGUGUAGAUCUAAAAGUGGAGAAGAGGAUUCAUCACAGAUCUUAAUUCCAUUUAUAAGUGAGGUUAAGAUUGGCAGUUAUGAUGUAAUGAAUGCCUCAAUGGACUUUGACGACACUGGUAACACAAUGUUCAACUCCCCUUCCUUAUCCAGUUCUCCUCCCAACAAUCUUGCCAGUCUGGAAAAGCCAAAAAUAGAUUUCUCAACACCGCCCAGCUCUCCGAAUGUAAAUGUGGCACCUAAUAGCAACUUGCCAGUGGCUGUGACCCCAUCAGGAGAGUUCGUAGAGCUACAGGUGGACUACUGGACGACGGUCACAAAGUCUGACAGUGCUGAUAAAAUGGACAAGGCCAGUAAGAAGGAUGGUAAUAAGUGUACACUGAAGACAACAUUCCGCUCGCUACAGGUCCAACGCCUGGCUCAGAAUCCUGUCGACCUUAAUGCUUUCUCCAUGGUAGUAGUCACUAAGGAGAAAAAACACAUCAAAUUUGUGAGGCCAAUCAACCAGCAACGUUCACCAUUUCUGGACACCCAUUGUCCGAUUUUACCACGACCUGGUGUACUUCUUUCAAAUGUGGAAGUGUUGACUAUUCACGUAAUGAGGCUGGGAAAGAAAGCCAAGGAAAGUGAAUCUAAGAGUCAGAUUGUGGAGGGAAUCAACCGCUUGAUUUGUACCACCAAAACUCAGAGCUACUCCCUAAAAGUCAUGGUAGAUGGUGUGGAGUGGACCGGGGUGAAAUUUUUCCAGUUGUCAACUCAGUGGCAGACCCACAUCAAACAUUUCCCAAUCUCCAUCCACAUCAACCCUGACCCUGUCUGAUUCCUACAUAUAAGCAUGUCUCACAGUCAGCCACCAUCAAGGUGCAUCCUGGGAAAUUUCCUUUGAAGGAGUUUUGUAUUUCAGGGCUUCCCUCUUUUAUCAGAGAUUUUAUACGAUAGAGUAUUUGAAUGAAGUCAACAUGUUGUAUUUUGCUUACCAGUGUAUUUGCCAGAUUUCCUUAGUUCUUGACAACAAUUUGUGAUAAUUCUCACCAGUGACAGUAUGGUGUAGACAAAUGCUCGCACGUCUACAUUAAACAGAAAUAGCGCUUUGACUGCUUCGCUGUUUAUGAGAUCACAACUACACUGAUCAGUGGGUGUUUGGCACCAGGUGCUUUAGACUUUCAAACAAAUUAUUUUGUGUAUAUACAUGUAUAUAUUCUUAUUUUUAAAAAUGAAUCAAGAUGGAUGAUACUUUUACUUUUUAACUUCUGCAAUCAAAUGUUGCGUAUUGUACACAAAUUGUUUCUUUUGGUAUCAUUUUUGAUGCUGUACAUUUGCGUCACACCAGGAAAGUGCAAUCUGUGUUUUAAACACAUAGACUCUGACGUAGGUCUGAAUAAAAAGUUUAAUAACUAGGAAAAAUUUAUGUGCAGAUUCACAAUUAUCAGGUUGAUGAUGUAAAAAGUAUUUUGAAUUACAAAUUAUUGUUACAUACAUGUUACAGAGACUGGAUGUGUUGUAAAAUGAAAACUGCAGGCACAGUCAAGCUAAAGACAAGAUUAGUGUAUAGUAUAUUGUAAAUUUUGUUCUGAAGACCAAGUGAUACUGGUGUGUUUGGUAGAGCUUGGUAGUGUUAGAUUCGGGAUUAUUAGCUUCUGUAAGAAGAAAGGUUAGUACAUGCAUUGUUAUGGUAACAUUAUUUUUGUGAAGAUCCUUUUCACUCCCUUGAAAUGUAUAUUGCAACUUCAUUUAUAUUUUAAGGAACUAAAAGAUUUGUUAUAUGAAAAUGCAUUGUAAUUAUAUGGUAAUUUCACUUACCAUUAGUUGUAACCUUGAACAACUUCACAUAACUGAACUUCCACAUGUAAUGAUUGUCAGUCUUAGUUUGUCUCAUUGUGCUAAGUGCUGAUUAAAGGCCAGUAAACGGUGAAUUGUCUCCCUGUAUAUUUCUCACUAUUUCACUCUAAUUUACCCGAGUCAUCUUUUGUCAAAUUGAAAAUUGUCCAUAUGCUGUUGUGUAUUAUCAACCUAUUAAUUUUGUUUGAAAAGGAUUGUGCUGGUAAACAUUUAUAUACUUAACCAAUAUGAAGUAGGAAAUCACUAUUGCAUUUAUAGGUCACCUGAGUGAACUCGGGUAACCUAUUGCAAUUGGUUGUUGUUGUGCAUUAACAAUUGAACAUUUUUAACUUUUUUUUUAUAACUACUAUUCCAAUUCUUAUCAAAUUUGGUAAGAGGCAUCCUGGGGACAAAGGAGACAUAAAUUGUAUAUUUCAGGACUCUUACACCCCUGGGGCCUAAGGGGCAGGGCAAAAACUGCCCAAAAUUGACCAAUUUUCUAAAAUCUUCUCUAGAACCGCACAAGUGUAAGAAAAACUAAAUGCAUAGUGAUAGAGAGCAGGAAGGCCCCUACCAAAAUUGUAAAUUUCAUGAUCCCCAGGGUAGGGGUUUUGACCCUAGGGUAGUACAUGCAAAAACACUAAAAUAACAUCUUCUUUACUGUUAUUGAUACUAAAUUGAAUCUAAAUGAGUAUUUAGAAAGAGCAGGUAGUCCUUUACCAAAAUUGUAAAUUACAUGUCCCUAGGGGUAAGGGUUUGGUAACAGGGUGGUGUAAUAAUUAUGAUAAUGAUUUGAAGGACUUAUUUAAGUUUGCUGAUACUGGACAUGUAUAAAAUCUAAAUGCAUACUUGGGAAUAGCAGAAAAAGAUGUAUCAAACAUGGUGAAUUUCACAAUCCAGGGUUAUGACUCUAGGAAGGGUCCAAAUUAGUCAUAACUUUUAAUGUUAAUAAACAUAUUAUAUUAUGUUAAGCCUUUCAUCAGUGUAUGCACUUUUGAGGGCAUAGAAGUUUUAAGAACACAUCUUCUUAUACUUUGUUGGAGGUGGGGGAGGGGGGGUGUAUACUGGAAUCAGGUUGUCCGUCUGGUCUGACGCAAUGGUUUCCAGGCUCUAAAGCGUUACCCUUUCCACCUAUAGUCACCAUAUCAUACCUAUGGACUACCCAUGGGAUGAAGAUAUUCCCUAUCAAUUUUAGGGUCAAACAUCAUGCGCACUUACAUCAAAGUAGCAAUAUGGUUUCUGGGCUCUAAAGCGUUAUCCUUUCCACCUACAGUCACCAUAUCAUACAUAUGGACUACCCAUAGGACAAAGAUGUUCCCUAUUGAAUAUGGGGUCCAAAGGUCAAGGUCACUGGACAUCGAAAAAGCAAUAUGGUUUCUGGGUUCUAAAGCAUCCUUUCCACCUACAGUUACCAUAUCAUACAUAUGGACUGCCCAUGGGAGGAAGAUGUUCCCUAUCGAAUUUGGGGUCCAAAGAUGAAGUUCACUGGACAUCGAAGUAGCAAUAUGGUUUCCAGGCUCUAAAGCGUUAUCCUUUCCACCUACAGUCACCAUAUCAUACAAAUGGACUACCCAUCGGACGAACAUGUUUCCUAUUGAAUUUAGGGUCAAAAGCUCAAAGGUCAAGCACACUCCUAUAGAAGAGACUACCCAAGGUUUUGUCAUGCCCUUUCUUUUUUACAUUCAGAAGAAGUAAUUUAUACCUAUUAACAACACCCUUUGGGAGAUUGAGGUAAGGUAGGGGGGGUAUUCUUAGUGAGCAUUGCUCACAGUGCCUCUUGUUUUAUACUGUUGCUGAAUAUUAGAAUUUAGCUUAGAUAUUCAGAACAGGAUUUUUUUUUCUAGUUUUCAUAGCCCUUUGGAGUAGGGAUACUUUUUACUAGUACUCAGGUGACAGAUAAGGCCUGUGGGCCUCUUGUUAUACCUUGCAUCAGUAUUGUUCAAACUGUCCCUGACCCCCUGAUCUGAGGUGUUCUCCACAGUGAUAGUAUGGGAUUAUAUCACCAGGAACCUCAAACAUCAUCUAGAAUAUACCCAACCAAGGAAUUUGUAGUUUCAAUUUCCUUUUGCAAUGAAAUUUCAUCAUGUUUCCUUUUUUUCAGCAGAAUUUCAUUACAUGUCGGUUUUCCUUCAAACAAGCGUUGUUGUUUGUCAUUUUUGUUGUUGCAUAUUUUGCUGCCUGACAUUAAGAUUUUGUAGAAGUGAGAUAGUUAUAUCACAAAUUGAGGUGAAACUCUUUGUGGUGCAGAGGAAAAUGAUUGUGUACUUCAUUAUCUUUUGUAUUUGCCUCAGAUCAUUAUUUUAAACGAUGUCUUAACACAAUGUUUUAAGGAACAUGCACUACUGUGUUCAGCGUUAGGGUAGUGAUUGCAUGGGUCAUUGAAAUUGAUGAAUCUAUGAAUUUUUUUUUAUUUUUAUAUAUUUUGUUGUUGACAAUAUCUGUAACUCAUUAUGAAAAUAUCGUAUAUGGUUUUCACAGAAAUUAUGAUGCUACAGUUGUCAUAGUAACCCCUCUUGUUGACUUUCUGUAAUAAAUGGUACAUGCGCCGUUUCAGAUGGCGUUUAAAGCUGAUACAAAAAGAGUACGUGAUUCAAAUUUUAUAUCAAAUUGAAGUUAAAGCCUUAAUUGAUAUAAUAUAAGAUGACCAUUUAUUUUCAUACGAAGUAGAAGCACAGCAGCUUAUGAGCAAUUUCGCUAUUUUUAGAAGGCAGUUCUUCACCAAAGCAGACGUAUUUUCACCCCCUGAGAUAUAAAUUUUAUACCCCCCCCCCCCCCCGCGCAACAAAGUAGUGGGGGGGGGGGGUAUACUGGAAUCGGGUAGUCCGUCUGUAGACGCAAAGGUUUCUGGACUCUAAAGCAUCCUUUCCACCUACAGUCACCAUAUCAUGCAUAUGGACUACCCAUGGGACGAAGAUGUUCCCUAUCGAUUUUGGGGUCCAAAGGUCAAGCUCACUGGACAUGGAAGUAGCAAUAUGGUUUCUGGGCUCUUAAGUGUUAUCCUUUCCACCUACAGUCAUCAUAUCAUACAUAUGGACUACCCAUAGGACGAAGAUGUGCCCUAUCAAAUUUAAGGUCAAGUGCAUUGUAACAAUAUGAUUUCCGGGCUCUAAAGUGUUAUCCUUUCCACCUACAGUCACCAUAUCAUACAUAUGGACUACCCAAGGGACGAAAAUGUUCCCUAUUGAAUUUGAGGUCAAAGGUCAAGUGCACUCCUAUAGAAGAGACUACCCAAGGUUUUGUCAUGCCCUUUCUUUUUUAUACGCCCAUCUUAAGACGUCCGUAUUAUGGUAUGGCGUUCAUGUCCGUCCGUCUGUUAGCUUUUUCGUGUCCGACCCGUAACUUAAAUACUACAAGGCCUAGAAUCAUCAAACUUUGUCUGUAGAUACAUCUUGGGUAGAAGGUGUGUCGCACAUUAAAACCAGGUCACUGUGACUUUUCAUUAAGAAGAUAUGGCCAUAUAUGGCAAAAACUUGUCCGGCUCAUAACUUGAAAACUAUUAGACCUAGAAUCACCAAAAUUGGUCAACUAAUGCAUCUUAGGCAGAAGGUGUGUCGCAUCAUACUUUAAGGUCACUGUGACAUUUAAUUAAGGUGAUAUUUUAAAAAAAAUGUUUUAAUGGGUACAAUCUAUACUGUUAACAAUAUAUGACGGGCGUAUCAUGUGCCGUGGCGGUGCACUUUAUUUAUAACUAUUAAAAAUAACAACGCCCUUUGGGAGAUUGGGGUAAAAGGGGGUAUUCUUGGUGAGCAUUGCUCGCAGUUCCUCUUGUUACAUAUGUUUUAAUAUGUUAGGAAUUUUUCCUGAAAGUAUCAAUAUUGGUUUUUAGGAUUACUAUGGUGCUUAUGAGCACUAUAAUUACCCCCCUCCCCGCUUUAUAUAAAUGCUGCAGGUACAGGUGAUAAUACGAUAAAUAUGCACCUUACAUGCAUUUAUUUUAACUCGUAUUAAAACUAUAAAAAGGUUUUGAUGUUUAUUAUUGAAUUUAUUCCACAUAGAAUGAUGGUGCUGUUGCUUUGGAGAUGUAUGUAUUACUUUCUGUUUGAAAUUACUUGUAUUUGUAUACAUGCUCUGUAAAUGUAUGUCAAAAACGCGGGGAAAUAUAAUACAGCCGAUGUAAACUGUGCAUAUUACUUGUGACGUGGGUUGUUUUUUUUUCUCCUUCCAAACCAACCGAUUAUCAGCAACAAAACUUUCUUAUUUUUUUUAUAUUACAAGAAUUAAGUGAACUAAUUGAGCAAAAGAUAUUAACAGCGAAUGUCAGACAUUUCGGCCCAAAGACAUUUCGGACCAUUGACAUUUCGGCCCCUUGACACUUCGGCCCAAACGUUUCGGCCCCAAAAAAAUUGGACCCUUCGGCCCAAAGACUUUUCGGCCCAAGACACUUCGGCCCUCAUUUUUUUUGGUAUGAGACACUUCGGCCCAUAUUUUUCAUUUUGCUAACAUCACCCAUAUUAUUGCGUUUCCACAACAUUAUAGUAAAUUGACACUUCGGCCCAACGACACUUCGGCCCAAUGACAUUUCGGCCUAAAUGUUUAAUAAUGACAGUCAUGGGUCAAUUCCUUUGGUUUUUAUAUUUCGUCACUUCGGUCCAGACGUUUCGGCCCAAAUUUUUGAGACACUUCGGCCCAAUUUGUUUUUAAAACUGAGACAUGUCGGCCCAUUAUACGUUUUAUUAUUCUGCUUUAUAUAUCACACAUAUUUCUUUUUAAAACAACAUCAUAGUAUAUCGGCCCAUUUUUUAAAAAGACGAGCACUGACACAUGAUUAAAUAGUUUCUAGUGUUUGGCAUAAACCAUCUAUAUGUAAACAAAAACAAGACGCGGGCCUUGUUUACGUAACGAUGAAUUUUGAGUAUGAUAUCUUGCUUGUAACUCAACAGCUACAUUAAAUUCUAACUUUGGCUGGCCAUUAAAAAUACUUUAGUUAAGCAUUGUAAACAGUAGAAAUGGAAAAAUAGGGUUUGAAAAUUUUCAGCUCAAAUCGUGUCCAUGCCCUUUUAACAAACGAUUCACUGCUAACAACACACUCAUUGGAUACCUCGCAAUUUGCUGGGGUGUCCUAUAUUUUAUUAUUUUCUCUCUGGGACUUGGGCGUUAUUUGACGCCGUCGUUGUUCCCAAUCUUUAUUUUAUCCAUUCAUACAUACAUACAUACAUACAUACAUACAUACUGAAUGACACUCACUUACAAAACUAAUAUAUAUCAUAAGACAUCAUCCAGGGAAGUAAUCUUCCUUGUCAAAUUUAUAAAGUUAUAUAAAACCUUUGACAGUUUGUCAUCUCUCUGUAAUAAGAGUUUUGCCCAGUAACCCAACAUUCUGGUUUUUGAUAUUUUUAGGUAUAUAAAUAACUUGUCUUAGAGUUCUUGACCUAUUACAGACAGUCCUGUAAUAUUUUUGUCAAUGAAAAACUUUUCUAAAUCGUUCAAAUAAAUGACAAAAAGAAACGGAUACAAAAUAAUAUUUCCCAUUAAUCGCUCGUUUGGUAAAUAUAAUAUAACAUUGAAUAUUUUCACACAUGAACUUACUAGUUUAUCAAUUUUCAAUAGCUUUCUUGACUUCGUCGUCAGUAACUUUUGCAUUUAUAAUAUCAUCAAUAUGUUCACGUUCCUUUACAUCAACAUGCGGGAACUCCCCUCCACCAUAAUCGGCUUCAAGCAGAUCUCUAAAGUAUUUGAAAAGAGUAUUUAUAUCUAUUUAUUCCUACACUUUGUCUUCUGAUUGCCAAUGAUUAAUUUCCAAAAUUCUCUUGGAUUAUAGCUUUUUAAUUUAUCAAUGUUUUCCUUCAUUUCUUUCCUUUGUUCCCUUAUGGAUUUUAAAAUAUAUAUAUUUUUUUUCUAGUAUAUAAUGAUAACAUUAUGUCAUUAGUUGUUAGGAUCCUGACCACUAUAUUGCAACUUUAUAUCAUUAGUGGAUAUUGUAUCAUCAAUGGUUACUACAUUAUUUCUUCAUAUAUACCAAAUAAUAUUGUUGUUCUGUCAAAAGAUAAAGAUAUUCUAAACUUGUAUAAAAGUCCCUCUUCAAUAUCAUUCCAAAUCUCCUUUACUAGAUAACACUCAGCAAAUAGAUGUUCACUUGAUUCAAUUUCAUUAUUGCAGAAACAACAUGUUGGGGAUUCUUUAAUCUUAAGUUCAUAUAGAUAUGAAUUUGUGAGAACUAUUCUAUGUAAAAUUUGGAACUGUGACCAAUAUAAUGAAGAAUUAAAAACAAAUUAUAUAAAAUCCAAAGGAAUUGACCCAUGAAUGUCAUUAUUUAAUAUUUGGGCCGAAGUGUCGUUGGGCCGAAAUGUCACUGGCCGAAGUGUCAAUUUACUAUAAUGCUGUGGACACGCAAUAAUAAUGGGUGAUGUUAGCAAAAUGAAAAAUAUGGGCCGAAGUGUCUCAUACCCAAAAAAUGAGGGCCGAAAUGUCCAACUUUUGGGCCGAAACGUCCGACUACCUUAACAGCAAGUGCUAGCUGUUUUCAGAACUACAUUCUUUCUGAUUUCUCUUAUCGUCCACGUUACAUAUUGAAGACUCCCUCGAUUUCCUCUUAGCUGACGAUCUCAAAGUGGACGAUGGAAAUAUUUGAAGCAAAAUAAAGUGUUUAAAAUGUAUAGUGUAUGUAAAGAUAUGAUGGGAAUUAUCAAUAUUUUUUGCUCAAACGAUGCGUUUACGUAACCUGUUUCCUCGGCAUAACGGUUUCCCUUGGAUAUUAUAUAUUUAGCAUUUUAAAUUUAUAUGGACACUGUAUACAUGUUAUGAAAUUUAUAACACUAUAUAUUUUAAUUUUAAUAGGCCUGGUGGUUUGUGAAUUAAAUUUACGUUUUGUAAGACUGAAAAUUAACGGUAGCAAGGUUUUACAUGUAUUAUGGAGACUUAAACUAUGACUAUCAUUUAAAAUAUAAUUAAAACGUAAGGGAUUUUUUAUUUCUAUUUUUUUUUUUACUUCUAUAUUUCUAAACAUAUUUUCACUUUAACCUGCGUCUGGUUAUAUCUGACAAGUCUUUAUUUCCACCGGCUGUCAUAACUAAUGCUCAAGCGUGUGAUGUAUUCCGGAAUCAGAAACGAAAAUAGUCUCUUUAGAUACUACAUGAAUAAACCACGUGAUGCCUUGCAAUCACUACCUUAAACGCCAUAGAAAAAAUUGCUUGCCAAAAUGUUUGUUGAGAAUUACCAUGUAUACAGUUACUGAUUCUGAAAUCUUGUGAUGGUGCACUGAAGUUGUUUCAUCUGUUAUUUCUUAUUUUUGAAACUAAUAGCUCUAUUUGUAUGGUAAUGUACCAUAAAAUGUUGCUGUAGAUUUUAAUGGUAUUGUAGGUUUAUUGUGUGGCAUUAUGUAUAUCAAUGUCUCUGAGUACACUAGUCAGAACUCUCGGUAUGUGUCCUCAAUUAGUACCGUUAGGAACUGUAGAGUUGAUCCUGUUGUAGUUCACGAUCAAUGUCUGUACCACAAAAUCUUUUAUUGCAGGUGGUCUGCUAAAAUUUGGUUUUCAUAAGUCGACGUACUAGUCAAAAAAGUUUUAAGUCGAUAUGACUGGUAUACAAAUUUUUUAUUCGACACAUUUUAGAAAAGGAAAUUUUAGACAUGCAUGAAUAUUUUUUAUUUGUUGGUAGACCUGGAAUACAUUUUGCUAAUGAUAAUAUUUCCAACAUUUUGUGUUCAGAUAUUGCGUAAAGUUUCUGAAAACUAUAAGUGACAUUAGAAAUUUUGACUUUUAUUUCAUGAUUUUCUGCAAUAAAUUUGAGAUGUUAAUUUGCAUAUUUUAGCAAAUUAAAUUUUAGAAUCAAUUCAAGACUCGAUAUAAAUCUUGCUUGUAAUAUGCAUUGCAUGUAAAAUUUUAUUCUUACAGUUGUAUUGAUUAUUUUGCUUUUCUUAUGAAAACUUUUUACACAGUAUUAUGCAACAAAUAUAGUCAGGACGUGUGCUUUGUGACAGAGAGAGGAACAUGACUCUCUGUAGUGCAUGUUUUAUUACGAUUAUUUUUACAAUAGCCAGCUAUAUCGGAUUUGUUAUUUUGUAUUAUGAUUUUGGGAUGCACUGCAAUAUGAUGACUGCCAGACCUGAUGUCACCCAGUGCAAAGUUGUUGUCACCUGUACUUAAAUAAAAAGUGAAUAACCAG